AAUGCCAUCAACGUCAAGAUAUAAGUGCUACUUUGAUUGUGACAAUGACGGCCCAUUGCACCGAUUUCCUAAACCUGAAUACCCACAUUUGGAAAAGUUUAACUCGUGGAAAAAAGUACUAGAUAAAGCUUUACAAGAGAAAGGCGACAUCUACAUUUAUAACCAAAUUCGAUUUUGCGACAGACAUUUUGAAGAGUGUUACCGUUCAGCCAGUCACCGACUUACUCCAAAUGCAAUACCAACUCUAGAUUUAUCUACAUUACCAGUUGGUCAAACUCUUGAAGGUCCAUCGGGACAUGUCGAGGCAGACAUGUCGAAUUUAUUAAACAUUUCGCAAGAUAAACUUGCUGUCAUUGAGCCAUCCAGCUCUACCCACUAUCAUAGUGAUGUACAGAAUGCAUUACAGACAGCUGAACGCCCUAAAGGUUCUAGGAAAAGAGGGACUUGUCAAUAUUUAAAACGAGUCGUCACCUCAAAGAGAAGGAGAUAAUAAAGUUAAAACAGAAAGUAUUGAAGCUGAAAAAGAAAUAUAAGGAACAAAAUAACAAGAAACUCUCUGCAAGGAAAAUUUCCACAUCAAAAUCAUUUUUGAAAGAGUUAAAUAAAAUGCCUGCAACAAUAAAAAUAUUUACUUCCCUCCAAAUGAAAUGGAAAAAGAAACCACGAGGCAGGCGAUUUACAUUUAACGAAAAAAUCAUGGCAUUGACCAUUUACAAACAGAGUCAGAAAGCUUACAACCUCAUGCGAAAAAUGUUUGUCUUGCCAUCAAAGCGCAGCCUACAAAAAAUGUUGAGUAAAUUUGAACUGAAACCAGGCUUCAAUCCUGAUAUAUUUAAAAAUUUAAAAGCUACAGUAGCAAAAUUGCCGGCAGAAAAAAAGUUGGUCAAUUUACUGUUUGAUGAGGUAUCAUUGGCUCCGGGUGUUUUUUACAACCCUGCCCUAAAACAGAUAACUGGUUUUGAAGAUUUUGGGCACAGACAAACAAAAAAACUCGCAGAUCAUGCCUUGGUCUUUAUGAUCAAGGGUAUAAAAAGCAAAGUGAAACAACCUUUAUGCUUUUCAUUUUGCCAAGGUGCCACGAAAAAGGACGAUUUAAAGAAGCUGAUCAAAACAAUAAUAAAAGAAAUCUCCAAUACUGGAUUGAUAGUUAUUGCCACUAUAUGUGACCAAUCAGCCACAAAUAUUUCUGUGAUAAAAGUCUUCAAGAAGACACAAAACGCAAAUAUUUACAAGAGGGUAAUGAAUAUAGGACCCAAGCCUUCGAGUUUGAAGACCAAAAGGUCUUCCCAUUAUUUGAUCCUCCACAUCUUUUAAAGGGAAUGAGAAAUAAUUUACUCGCCAAACAUUUGAAAUUUGUACAAGAUGGGAAAACAAAGUAUGCAAAGUGGGAACAUUUGGAGAUGCUGUUGAAGUUAGAUGUUGGGGAUGAUGAAAUUAGGCUUGUUAAUAAAUUAACAGAAAACCAUGUUAAUAAAGAGAAAAUUCCAAAAUGAAAGUGAAAUAUGCUGCACAAGUUUUCAGCCAAAGGGUAUCAUCAGCAUUGAGAUUCUUAGCAAAACACAACCUUCUUCCGGCGGAGUGCGAAGAAACUGCUGAUUUUCUACUCAUUAUGGACAAACUAUUUGAUUCUUUCAAUGGACAUUCAUAUACAGGUGAUCCAAAAAUUUUCAAGGGGUGUGUAAUGAAUAAUUCUCCUCAUUUUAGAUUAUGGACAGAGGUAGUUCCUAUAUUGGAUUCAAUGACUUUUAAAACUAUAAAAAAAAAACGGGA